UCAUAACACCAAUUUGCAACAUGCAACACGCACCUUCAACGAGGACUGGUCGACCACAGUAUUCCCCCUUGAUAAGAGACACGCUCCUUCUCUUACCUUUUUACCUCUCUGCCAGUUUCCCUCCUGAACGAGACUCAUUCCUUCCUCCUGCAUAAUACUAGUAGCCUGGGUGCGAAUCGCUUACUUGAGCCAAAGAUCAUCCUCAAUUAUUCCGUUUAUCCUUUUCGUACUAUUCCUCUCUUCGCCGAUAAUGGCAGCUAUCGUUCGGAACGUCGUAAACUGGAGCGCACAACAUGGCAGUCGUGACAGAGGAACAACGGGACAACUCUCUCCUUCUCAUCAAGUACAACAACGUUCGGAUAUGUGCGAGGUCUGUGGAAAGAAGCCGAAAUUCGUGGAGCGAGGACAGAAGCAUCCUUAUUGUAGUCGCACCUGUGCUGGUAAAGCCCAACCUUCAUCGCCACCAUCAUCUGGAGGAGGAUCUAGAAAAGCUCAGAAUUCACCCAUGUCGAUGCCUCUGACAGUAAACACCACCACCUCACCCACCGCAGCAAGCAAGACUUGCCUGUUAGCAGGAUGCCACUACGAUGCAGUAUUCCAGGGAUUCUGUGAUCCUGAGCAUGCGAUGGAGGCGGUAAAAAUGGGUCAUGUCGAGGGAUGUGAUAUGUGUCGUGACCAGCCAGUUUCAGUCAAUGCCAGACCAAGUCGGGGUUCAUCAGCCAGAAAGCUUUGUGUAGGAUGUGAUAGGGCGUUGAGGGGCGGAGCGCAGUUGAAAGAAUUGGGGAGUAAAGAUAGUAAAUUCCAGGAAGUUCGUAAACAUUUCAUCGCGGAGUGGAACGCACGAAACGAAGGACUACCGACUGUGGAUAAGGUGUUCCAAGUGAUAGUUCCACGAGAGCAGCUUAGCCGCUAUUCUGCGUAUCGUAAAAACUUGACGAACCCUCGCGAGAUUCGUACAUACCAUGCGUCCCUCAUGCUUUGCGAUCUAGGGUCCAAGGGUCCGUUCCUCUGUGAGCGCAAAGGUUGUGGUAUCUGUAGCGUCGUGCGGUCUUCGUUCAAGACAUUUGCAUUCGAAGAGGAUUAUGAGCAAGGAAGGUUUGGGCCUGGUAUAUACACCUUCGUGAAUCCGAAGCUUGCAGAUACAGAAGCCACGACGAGCUCAACAUCACCUUACCGCGUCAUGGUGGCAUGCGAUGUCCUGGUAGACGCAGGACAAGAGAUUCCAGCCGAAGACUCUGUUUUCGUUGCUAGCUCGGAGGCUAUCAAUGCGGCCUACGUUGUUAUGUAUAGCAUGUAACUGCAUGUAGAUUGUUGAUCCUCUGCAUGGAUGUAUAUCCAAGUCAUAUUUCAUGUUUCUUAUCUUGCGCUUUCUACCUGUUGCGGUAAGAGACAUGGAGCAUUGGAGG